AUGCAGACUAUUGCGGUUGCUGGCGGCGGAGGCAUGUUGGGCCGUGCCAUUGUUGACGCCUUGCUCGAAGAUGGCACUUUCAAUGUCUUGAUUUUAACUCGCACGCUGGAUACAAAAGAGCAAGGCGGACUUGGAGCUCCGGUUAUCGCAAUUGACUACGAUGACGUCGACGCUAUCUCCAACCUUUUAGAGGCGAAGGACGUGGAGGUAGUUGUGUCGGCAAUCGUCACCUUGCACGGGUCAGGCCCUGAAAUGAACCUCAUUCGGGCUGCUGAGAAGUCAUCGAGAACAAGACGCUUUGUGCCAUCUUUCUGGGCGCAUGACUACCCUGAAGAGUUCAGGGGGUAUUUCUUCGCCAAGCCUAAAUAUGACGCACUGGAGCUCCUAGACGCCACAUCAUUGGAGUAUACAGCCUUUCGCAUCGGGUGGUUCAUCGAUUACUAUGUUGCGCCUUAUGUCAAGUCCUACAUCAAACCGGAAGGCCUUUUCAUCGAUAUGGAAAACAAUGCCGCAGCUGUUCCGGGUUCUGGCGAUUCACUAGCCAUCUUUACCCACAGCCUCGACGUGGCGCAAUUUGUCACGGCUUAUCUGCAUCUUCCCAAGUGGGAAAAGAGCGCAUAUAUUCGAGGCGACAGGCUCUCUUGGAACCAGUUUCUGCAACUUGCGGAGGAAAUCAAAGAUCUAAAAUUCAACGUUGUCCAUGACUCGGAGAGGGCAUUGAAAGAUGGCAUAGUCACAGAACUUCCUGCUCAUCAGCAAAUGUACGAACACGUCCCAAAAGAAAGUCUGAUCACUAUAUUGGGCAUCUAUGGUCAAGAUUUUGCCAUGGGUGGAUUCGAUUUCGAUCCUCCGCAAUUGGUCAACGAUCUCUUUCCCUCAAUAAAGGCCAAGACCGUGAGAGAGCUGUUACAGGAAGCAUGGGGCAAGAAAUCAGACUGCUGA